AAUCAAGAUAUCAGCAAGCUGAGUCAAAUCCGGUCAUUGAUGAGAUUCAUGUCAUGUUGAAGCUGUGAAAAUGAAAGUUGUCAUUGCCAGAGCAUGCAUAAAAUGCUUUGUAGCACUGGUGAAUAGCAAUAUAACAAUGGUAAUGAUAGUGUAUGCGAUCCAAAAUAGAUAGCUUCCUGUGUACACGCUUGGCAGACUCUCGGCAGUCACAACGCACUUCACAACAAUUUUAAUCUAAAAAUAUUCUCUGAUUAUUGGGUGAGGUUUUGAAGUUGCCAGUGUUUUUGUAAUCAGGUGUUUUGAUUAAAAAGGCAUUGUGUAUGUGACAAUGGAGGGUGGAAAGCUGUACAUAGUUUGUGAAGAGAUGGGCCAUCAUUAUUACCAAUGAGCAGACGGUAGGCUGAUCAUGCACAUUGCUUUGCUAGUCUGGUAUCUGUCUCCCUCAUUACAAACCACAUUCACACACAGAGAGUGCAAUGGUUUAUUCACCUUCAGUCUUGAGAAGGGGAAAUGAAUGUCUGCGUAUGUGAUACAACAAGUAAGCCCCUGUGUUCACACCACUGGACUAACAAACUAAUAAUCUAUAACAGCAGCUCAUUUUGUACAAACAAGAAACUACCUGGAGUGUUGCUGAUUUGCAUCUUCCCAACGGAAGCCUAUUGUGUAUUUAAUGUGAAUAAAAGACACCUGGUAUUCCUCUGCAGUAUGAACAGUUGGCCUAAAACCCUUCAUUAUGUUCCCCUUUAGUCCUCAACCUCAAAUGAACAGUCAGAUAGGUACACUCGGGCUACAUCCACUCUUUCUUAUUACUAAAAUAGAGCUCGUCUGUAGCCAUGUAGCACAGGCAGAUCAAAUGGUAGGGUUGCCUGUCAGCUUUGAGUUCAGAACAUGCGGUGAAGAUUCAUCCCCCUUGACACAAGCUGACAUAGAAGACUAUAUUUAGCUCUUGGCGUCCGUGCGUAAAGUGACGCCGGCGCAGACGCACGUAUAGUGGUUGUGGACUGCAUACUGAUAGGUACAAGCCGAAACACACUGUGCCGUGAUGUAUCUUUCGAGAGAACAUUUCAGAUAAAGAGACUUAAAUGCCACAGUUAUCCGCAUAAUGUGACAUGUUAAUCAAAUGUUAAGCUUUGUGAAGGACAGCGGUCGGCUUUGAGUAAGAAGCCUCUUCUAGACUCGGAGGUUGACUGGAACAUAAAAUUAAAGAAAUGCCUUUAGAAUUAGGCUGAGUAAUUUCAACAUAGAACACAGGGCCUACUUAAUUUUACAGCAGUUACGCUAUAUGACAUCGCAAUAUAAUUAUUAUUGUUGUGCUACAUAAGAGAUGUGCACUGUACACAUUACGCGACUGGCCUACAAGCGUCAUUACUAAGUGGUUAACAGAGACACAGCCUUACUACCGGUCUGCCACGGAAUAUUAAUGAUGCAACUCAUUAUAUAGUGGGCUACUUUCCGAAACACCGGGGAUUGGUGAGGGUGUAGGCCUACUGCGCUUUAUGAAUAAUGAAAAAAUGACGUAAACAAUGCGGUCCUCUUUGCAGCUCGGGCUCGAGGCUCGGGGCGGGUGCACCGAGGCGUGAUGCGGUCGUGACGUAGCUUCAGUCGGGGAUCUUUAAUCCUCUGCCGCAGCAGCACAGCCGGUAGCCAGAGGAGGGGGUAGUACGGUCGGACAGGAAUGGUCCGAACAGGCUAGGCUAGCCUACUACAAGGCCGAGGAAGCUCGGUCUCUGGAUAGAUGAAAAUAUCGCCGAGUAAAACAGAGAAUACGACUAGAACGAGCCGCUCGCGAUUCGCAUAGGCCAGACCCCCUCCUCUCUAUCGCUGCCUUCACAGACAUUUUCCUAUUAAAGAUCUCAUUCAGAAACGCUGGUUAAAUAUAUUUUCAAACGUAUAUUGGCCUGUUUGCACAAUUUAAAAGCCAAAUUAAGUGUUGUUCAGCCGGCUGUCGGAUACUGCGCCUCGUCCUGCCGGUUUCCUGCGGCCACUUUGCUCCUGGUUCGCCCUUCAGCUGCGUCGCCCCGUCCCCGCUGUUCCUGUCAGCUGCUGCGCAUCAGCAAAACAUGCAGGAUGAGCCUGUGGGGGUGACAACCACGCAACUGCCCCAGUCAACCGAUGAAAAGGACAGCAACAGCAACACGGUCAGCAAAUCCGGUAAGCAACCCAACCUCACCGCCAACCACGACAGCCUGAGCUCUUUGACGCCGGAUUAUAACCAUCACACCCAGAAGACAGCUUUCCCCUCUUUCAAUCGAGAUCGUUUUUGCCCGACGCAGUCUAUCUGUGACCUUCAGCACAGCCGAAAAAUACAUCAGCAGUUAAGUCAGCACACUGAGUUUAGCUCCACAGAGUCGCCCCCACCCCAGGGACAUUUCAGUUACCUGCCGCAGAGACAGCCCUUCUCCAAGCCCGAGCCCAGCGCUGCUGACCCCUGCGGCUCACCAGUGGAAGAGGCUGAAGCCGAUGCUGCGUCGCCAUCGCCCACUUCCGUAAAUCCAAACAAGAUCCAAAUGGACUCCCCUAUCGCCCACCACAUAAAUAACGGCAAUGGCAGCAGCAGCACCGGCAACAUGUUGUCCGGAGGUCUCGGUGCCGCUUUCCCGAACCUCCCCACCCAGGAGAUGCAGAGCGCCAGCGGGGGCUCGACUUCACCUUCCCUCCCUGGGUUCGGCACCCCUUGGUCAGUCCAGACCAACUCCUCGCCCCCGCCCGCACCUAAUUCCAUCAACCCUAUCCACGCCAACGCCAUUAACCAGAUGCCCAGCACGGACUCUGAAAACAGCUUUUACCCAGGUAUCCCCUCUUCCAUCAACCCGGCCUUCUUCCAGAGUUUUUCAGCGAAUCCGUGCGCCGGGAUUAAUGUGCAGGGCUUCGGCGGUCCAUUCUCACCCCAGAUAAAUGUCCCUCAGCAGCCGCAGACCCGCAGAUCCCCGGUCAGCCCCCAGAUGCAUCCCCAGCAGGGCGCCUUCCUGCAGCAGAGGAACAAUUACAACCAACAUCAGCCCAUGGUGAAGCCAUCUCCCUGGGGCAGUCACCAGGGGAAUGGCUGGGGCUCUGGGGGGAUGUCCUGGGGCAGGGACCACCGCAGAGGGAGUGGCAUGAGCAUACCUGGCUCAGUCAGUCACGUCUCGCCCCUGAAGAAGCCCUUCUCGAGCAACGUCAUCGCCCCUCCUAAGUUCCCACGCUCCGCAGGAUCACUGGGGCCCAAGUCCUGGAUAGAGGAGAACAUGUUUCGCACAGACAGCAACAGCAACACCUUGUUGCCCCUUCAGGACCGCUCCAGAAUGUACGACAGUCUGAACAUGCACUCCCUGGAGAGCUCUCUGAUUGACAUCAUGCGAGCUGAACAGGAUCCGAUGAAAGGCCGUGUGGGAUGCCCUAACCCCGGGGCCGACGGCCUACUCAUGCUCAAUGCCAGGAGCUAUGGGAGACGUCGAGGUCGUUCCUCUCUGUUCCCAAUUGAUGACAAUCUCCUUGAUGAUGGCCAUGGCAACCAGGGCGUCCCAGGGGUCCUUGGCUCCCCCAGUUGCUACCCCCAUCAAAACGGGGAACGCAUUGAGCGCUUCUCCCGUAAGGUGUUUGUGGGAGGAUUGCCCCCUGACAUCGAUGAAGAUGAAAUAACUUCAAGCUUUCGCCGCUUUGGCCACCUGGUGGUGGACUGGCCACACAAAGCAGAAAGCAAAUCCUACUUUCCACCCAAAGGAACAUACAGUAUGUCGCAUGCUUAAUGCCCAAACUGUGAGGAGAGCUCGGUGCAGGCUCUGAUUGAAGCCUGCAUGGAGGAGGAUGGGAAGCUCUACCUGUGUGUCUCCAGCCCCACCAUCAAGGACAAACCUGUGCAAAUUCGACCUUGGAACCUGAGUGACAGUGACUUUGUGAUGGACGGAUCUCAACCCCUGGAUCCCCGCAAAACCAUCUUUGUGGGAGGCGUUCCUCGUCCCCUGAGAGCAAUUGAGCUGGCCAUGAUUAUGGAUCGCCUCUAUGGUGGAGUCUGCUACGCAGGAAUCGACACCGAUCCAGAGCUCAAAUACCCGAAGGGUGCGGGACGAGUGGCCUUCUCCAAUCAGCAGAGUUACAUUGCUGCCAUCAGUGCGAGAUUUGUCCAGCUGCAGCACGGGGACAUUGACAAACGGGUGGAGGUGAAGCCCUAUGUCCUGGAUGAUCAGCUGUGUGAUGAGUGCCAGGGUGCUCGCUGUGGAGGGAAGUUUGCUCCCUUCUUCUGUGCUAAUGUCACCUGUCUGCAAUACUACUGCGAGUUUUGCUGGGCCAACAUCCACUCCCGCGCCGGUCGAGAGUUUCACAAGCCCCUGGUCAAAGAGGGAGCUGACCGCCCACGCCAGAUUCACUUUCGCUGGAAUUAGAAGUGUGACCGUAGCCGUGCUGACGCAGUCAGAGGGAAGGGAAAUGAAACAGUGGCUAACAGGAAAAAGAGCAUCGCUCUGCCUCUCCUGCUCUCCUAAGCAGUAUAAUCCAGUACGUAACACUAUACAGUAUAUACUACAUAU